GGCGUCUUGCGCAAAGGCUUCGUUAUAAGUAUGAAAGGAACUGAGCGCAUGUUUUUUUCAAUAACACCACAAACAUGAGUGAGGUGCGAUCGUGUGUAUAUUUUUUGGUGAUUUGUCUGUGUGUACAAAUAUCUGUCGCUAAGCCCUUCUUCGGACCUCGGUUUUGGUGCGAUUUACUAUGCGAAGAAGAUGAUGGUUUUACAACAACUGCUAGUUAUGAGGAUUACUACGAUGCAUUAUGUAACGAAUGCCCUACAAGACGACCCAGCACUCCAACAACCAUGAUGCCACCAGCCAAUAUGCCACAAGGUGUGCCCAACCCUGGGGCACCUGGAAUGCCACCUAUGGGAGCACCAGGACAGCCACCAGUAAUAAUGAUGUCACCCAACCAGGGUGGAAUGAGCGUCAAUAUGAUACCGGAUCCAAAUCGGGUUAACGGAUGGACUUUCAAUUUCGGACCGUGGAAUCCAGCAGGGCAGUCUAGACCACCUAUGGCUACUCCUGCUCCAAUGCCACCGGCAGGACCAGCUGCUGCUGGUACAAAUUCUGAGCCAGUGACAGUGCCUGCUCCACCUGCAGUUGCUGCUACUACUGCAGCUCCUGCUACAACUGCAGCUCCUGUAACAACUGCCGCCCCUGCCGCUCCAGGUGCAGCUCCAGCCGCUCCUGCUCCAGCAGCUGACGCUCCACCAGCAGCUCCCGCCGCACCACCAGCCAGGAAAUAAUUAAUUUGAUAAGUCAAGAUUGUGCCUUUCUUAGCUCAUAAGAUUUGCUUCAGUCAUUACAAUGAUUGAAGGGUUCGUAAAAGUAUUGUCAUUAGUCAUUUUGAAGUCAUCUGUGUUAUCGUGGGGAUGUGGAAUUAUUGAGAUACAUUCACAAAUUAAGGGAAACAUCUAUUAACAUUUUUUUGAACAAUUCAAAAGAAUAGUGAAAUACACAAGUUUGUUUCCUUCAUGCACUUUUUUAUAAUUUCAAUGAUUUCACAUCACUAAACAGAAGUCUCCAAAUUGAUGGAGUAAGUAAGUACUUAAGUUGAUUUAAAUAAGAAAAAUAAUAUUUAAUAUGUCCCUAAGGAUUUUGUGUACGAGGAUCGAAUUAGUUGUAAGAACAAUAAGAAGUCAAAUAAAUAGUAUUAAAGGUUCAAACACGGUA